GUUUUAGAACAUAGGAGACAAAUUUUAUGGCAAACCGUCGAACGAUGAAUAUCACGAAAGAAUAGAGAUACUAUUCAAUAGUGUGGUUUACAUAAUAAAGGACAGGAUGUCUUCGAUAGGAAAUGUAGCAGCAGGAGAUUCGUUUUACUAUCUGUAAUAUUCGUUUGAACGACCUUCAUCAGUAAAAAGUCACGGCGGGUUUCACGUACUGCUAGGAGUUUUCGCAGUUGUGUGUUCGUUGCUAAUGUUAACUUGCUUGUUACUCUUUAACAGGCUUCACACAGCGAACUGAACGGUUAAAAAAUAGUUUUUAACCAAAAUAUCAUUGUGCCUAGCAGUCUGUAUCUGUAUCAUGGAAUAUUUGGCACCUCUUUCCUCAUCGUUGUUUGUAAUACGAAAUGCCGAACACGUGUGCAUUAACAUGGAGAACAUUCAACGUUUAGUGGGAAUGGUAUGCGAGAAGUAUUGCCCAUUUGAUUUGAAGUCUUGGAUCAAUCAGGAACUAACCCCUAGUGUUGCUGACGAACGAUCAAUUGAAUGGAUAUUUGUGACUUCUUCACUCAAUUUUUCAUUUUGGAGUAAGAGUCAGGAUAGUUUUGAAGUGUUAUAUUGCAACAAAAUUUAUACGGGCUAUUGGGCCCUCUGUGCAGCAGUUAACCGAGCUAUCGAUGAAGGGGUAAACUUGUUAAAUCCUGAAGUAUAUCAAACUGUGACAGAGGAACAAUUGAGACAUAUAUUUCGUUCACAUACAGCUGAGCCUAUACCAUUAUUUGAUGAAAGAUUAAAUGCUCUAAGAUGUGCUGGGAAAACUUUACUUGAGAAUUUCGAUGGGUCAUUUAAAAAUGCUCUGUCCUCGUGUGAAAAUUCUGCGGCAAAGCUUCUAAAGUUAUUGUGUGAUUAUUUCCCUUCUUUCCGCGACUAUAGUAUAUACAAAGGAAAACACGUGUCAUUCUUAAAACGUGCUCAGAUCUUGAUUGGUGAUUUGUGGUACUGUUUUGAGGGCAAAGGGUUGGGGUAUUUCCACGAUAUAGAUGAGAUUACUGCGUUUGCCGAUUACAGGUACCAUCUUUCCCUACGUACAAAAUAUCAUUUAGAGUUCCACAAGUGUUAUAUUAUUUUGGUGCUAUAGAAUACAGUGAGGAUUUAACAAAAAGGAUACGCAAUGGUAUUUUUUUAUAUAAUUGUGGAUCGUGUUCAUAAUAGUUUUUUGUAUUUUUAUCUGUUUUAAAUCUAUUGCAUUUAGACUUAAUUCUUAGUACUUAUUUUUAGACACGUUACGUUGCAUACUUGAUUUUUCAGUCCAGUGUGUUCGAUUGUAAAGCGGUUCACCAACUAAAUUACUGAGACAACGGUAAUCAAGCAAUUACAGUGGUUUUAUUGUUGUCACAAACAAAAACGUUCCUUUUUAAAUUAUUGAACAGAAGUUAUUAAAAUUCAAAUAAAGUCCAUUCAAUGUGUCCUUAAUAUGAGUAAGUCUUUGAAUUCAACCAUUUUCACUACGUUGGAUAUCAAGGUUAAGAAAAUGAAACUUAUUGUCCUGCUCAUGCUUCAUUGUAAAUCGCAUAUUUGAAUGUACAUGGUUAAGAAGAUUCAGCACGUUUGUAACGAUUGCAGUGAACGAAUGUAUUAUUAACAUACUUGACAUACAGAGCUUCCUUGUUAAUUAUCGUUUUGCAUUUCUGUUCCAAGUCGGUCAUUAAUAUAUCUUCCACUAUUGAACCUAAUAGACUCCCCAUAUCGACUGGAUCAACUUGACGUUAUGAGGCGUUGUUGAAUGGGAAUUGUACAUCUUUUGUAGAUAUUAGUAAAAGCUUUUAUGAAGUCAUUCUUUGUUAGACAAAGGUCAGUGUGUUCGUACAUAUUUUCUAUGGCUUCAAUGAAAUUGCAGUGGAAAAUCAUGUCAUCAAAUGAAAUCAAGCAGUAAAUGUUGGUGACUAGUAUCAGACCCCAUUAAAAUCCCAUAUCUUUUGGCAUCAACUAAACUAAAAUUUGCAAACGCAUUCCGUGUGUUGUUUUUGUCACAUCGAUGUCGUCGAACUUCAACUGUGAGGGAUUAAAUCCUAAUUUCCUCUUAACCGUACAAUUUUCAACUUAUAUUUUGAAAUAUCCUAAAAAACGCAGUAAAUAGUUGUUUGAGCUACUUAUGUAUUCUUCAUCUAGGUGAAGAAAUUGCAAAUGGAAGCGAAUUAGAAGUUGAAAUUCGAGCAGCGACAAUACUAGCUGUGCAUGUAAGCGAUUCCCAAAUUUUUUGAUAAACAAUGUAUGUAAUAUUAAGGUAAAAUUCUGAAAUCAUCCUAAGGUAACUACCGAUUUUAUCAAAUUAGAAUUGCUAUUUCAAUGUUUUAGGGAGAUGUUUCCAUAUUUUUAAACUUGGAGAAGUAGCUGUAAAAUAAAAUGAUGCACUGUUUAGAAAUAGGGUUGAUAUUCUAUGUUUAAACUGAAUUACUAGUUACCGGUAUUCACUUAUAUUCAGUCUAGUUCAAUUUAUACGUCGAAUGUCUGGUCACAUUUACAUCACACUGCAUUUAUGGACAUAUAAAUGAUAUAUAUCAGUCAUCAAUUAUUCUGCCGCAAGAUAGUUUUUGAGUUAGUAUUUAUAUAAUAUUUCUGUGAUCAUUUUAUAUCUCAGUACACUUGAUAAACGGUUUUCAAUUUACUGGUUGUUCGUUGUAAUAUAAGACCGAUAAUUUGCAAAGUUGGUAUGUAUGGUAUUUUUAUUUGCACCAAUUCAUGGCUACAAUUUAUAUACCUACUCCUUAACGAGAUGAUUGUAGUUUCAUGUUACUGCAUGAUCUUUUGUUUGUUCCCAUUAUAGCCAGAUAAGGAAGUGUAACAAAGAAAGAUCUUGUUUUUACUAAACCUGUUCUCACGCUUGACAUUGACUAAGAAAGCUGUAUUCGGUCAAUUGGGUGCCUUUGAAAAUAGAUAUCGAAUUCCAUAAAUGCUGUCUUAGUGGCUAAAGAGUUGGCCUUUCAAUGAGUUUAGACCUCGUUCUACUUAUUUACAAUCCAUCAGGUAGUAAUACUAGCGUAAAAAUCAAGUGGAUAAAAAUGUAUUUGGUGAAUUAGUAACACCCUGUUAUCACUUGGUCUUUAAAAGAGGUGAUUCCCUAAUAGUUUUCUGUCACAAAGUUUUUUUCUCUCGAGCUGUAUUUUAGACAUUCGAUUUAACAGAAAAGAUUCAGUUGCUAAUUCUUUUGCCAUGGUACAUAUCUAUUAUAAAGUAGAAUGUAUUCUAGAAUGUUCGAAAAAGUUGGACAAAUUAUUUUGAUAACAUGUUUAUUUAUUUUCACUAAACCUGUUUGAUGAAUUUCUCAUACAUGUAUCCUUACUAUACAAUAGAAAACCCAUAGAGUCUCUGGAAAGUGAGAAUUAUUGCAAAGAAUAUUUCACAGUUAAUAUUGUAUCUAUUUUCUUCUUUCAGAAUAUUGUCAAGUCCUUAAAUAGUAAAAAUAUUAGUUGCAAUUCAAUUGUGGUGGACAAUUUUCUUUGGAAUUAUCGACGUUCUCAUGCUGAUGAAAUUGAUGCCAAAAUUCCAAUGCAUAGGACACGUUGCAUAUACUAUUGAUUAUAUAAAUAUGAUACUCCAUGUAAACACAUGUAAUGGACAUUGCGUUUAAACCGAAAAUAUUGUUUAUAUUUUUGCAAUAAAUUAUUAGGACUUGAGAAUUAUCGUCCAGUUUUCAGAGGAGAAUUUUUGCAACAGUUGCGGAUCAAAUGUAUGGAGGACAUAAAGAAAUGAUUAUAUUUUUAAAAACAUUUCAGUCAUUAACAGUGACUAAUUAACAUUCCUCCCAGGAAUCUCGUAGGUUAUCCGUAUUUGAUCAUGUGUCAUCAAAGCAUUUCCCGCAUAAAUCGCGACAACUGAGCGGACAGUAGUGAGACUAGGCAUUAGGUACAAGGUUAAGGUGAUAAACCGGCUCAUGAGGCUGCUAUUCUUUGAAUGAGGUUUUUGUGAUGCAUAUUACAUAAUAUACCACGAAGAAUGUUAGGAACGCCCGAACCAGCACUUGACACCAAGUCAUUAGCUAUUGAUCAUAAGUAUUUUAGUAAGAGCAGAGUAUCUAAAAGGGAUCUGUGUAUGUACAUUGAGUAUGUAUAUUGAGUGAUGCAGUUCAAAUGCAUUCCUUGUCUUCCCUGAGAUCCUGAGUAUUAAAAUUGUUUUAUUCACAGAAUUAUUUGUCUCUUCCUGAAUCAUGUUUUCUAUACUUAAUCUUUCCUACUGCUAGUGUUCCUACUAUUUUGAUAUUCUUAAUUUUUCCUUGUGAUGAUUUGGUUUGGCUACUUAAACGAAUGUAGAUUCGUGCUACUUUCCUUGUUGUUUUUGUCUACCUAACUGGUAAUGUUGGUUGACCUUUGCCAGGAAGUAGUCAAAAUUCUCAAUGAUAAGUAAGGCCAUAAACAGUUCUGUCCUAAACAUGUUCAUAUAUUAAUGAGUCAUGUAACAUGAAAUUUAUUCAACUUAUGUCAUGUGAUCAAAUGUGUGUAGUAUAUGUUGUUGUUAUAAUGUUUCAAUGAGUAAAUAACUAAGGUCAGUUUAAUCGUUCUACUCGUCAU